AUGCUAACUAUAGUAACACGCACAGUUGUUAGUCGCAAAUGGAGCUUGGAUACCUUUUCCAAUUUAGCACACUAUUCUUGCUGACAAGCACCGCCAUUUACCUACUGCACUAGGUUCCGUUAUCUAUUAUAAGGCUGUACGCGAGUUAUGAAAAGUCUACUUUAAAAAAAAAAUCUAUCAUUGAGGUUAUGUUCGACACUCAACCAUCCGCAUACAUUUAGGCACACUGUGUAUAAGUAAGGCAAUUCUCGCUUCCACGAUGGCUGACAAAUGUUUCUUUUACAGCUUUUAUCAUGGAAAAAACGGCGUUCCUAGUUGCAGCUCUUGUUGCUAUCUCCGCGGCCACAGUCGUGCUCUGGGUGCUGAAGCGUCGUCGCAGGCACAGGUUGUUCAAAGAUCUCGGAAUCCCAGGGCCGAAACCGGACUUCUUGUGGGGAAACUUGAAGCAAAUGGACCACAGACGCAUUGAGGCUCUCGUGCAGUGGAAAAAGGAACAUGGAAAUCUGUUCGGCGUCUACGUCGGGAGCGAGCCUUUCUUGGUCAUCACAGACCCACAGAUGGCACACGAGUGCCUUGUCAAGCAAGCCGCUAUAUUUCAGGACAGACCGACAUCUUUCGUGGAUGCGGAGCCUUUCAAAAGCAGCCUCUUUCAGCUUGGUGGUAACAAAUGGAAGAAUGUGAGGACUGCGUUGAACUACGCUUUCAGUUCAAACAGGAUAAAGGAUCUCUCCACAGUAGCAGACUUUAGUGCCACUAGAUUUGUGGAGAAGAUAUCUUCGAUAAGCCUGAGGAGCGGACACGUUGAAGUGUUCGAUCGUGCAUUGGACUUUGCUUUCGACUUCAUCAUGAACGCGGUACUGGCACAAAAGGUGAAAUCUCAGCAGGGCUGCAACGAGCCAAUUCUGGAGUUCCUGAAGCAAGUCUCAAAGGACAUGGAGAACUCAGCCAUUGAAGUGGCGUUUACGGUACCCGUCAUACGGGCUGCCCUUACGCUGAUAUAUCCAUUCACAAAGCAUGCUAAAGCGUUCAAAAACAUUAUGAGCAAUGUGCAACACAUAAUCGAAUUACGCCGUUCCGGAGAACUCCCGAAAGAACCCAGCGUGCUUCAGACGCUUCUGGGCACAGAAGCCCUCGAUGUAGCUCAAAAGAAACGUGGCAGGCUCAACAAAUACUUGAACGACCAGGACAUAUCGUCCAAUGCGGCAAUAUUUCUGUUGGCUGGCACAGAGGCUACGGCUUCCGCGCUUUCUUUUCUGAUGUAUCUCUUGGCAAGACACCCAAGUGAGCAGGAAAAGGUAUUCAAGGAGAUGGAAGACAUUUUUCCCUCUGAAGAAGGAAUCAAGCUGAACUUCGACGAGCUGCAUCGGCUAAAAAGAAUCGACAUGGUGAUCUACGAAGGACUUCGCCUCUACCCUCCCAUCCCACUGUAUCUGAUAAGGAGUUGCUGUCUGGACACGACUGUUAGUGGACAGUGCAUUCCAGCAGGUGUCAAUGUAAUGGUUACACCGUGGCUCAUCCAUCAUGACCCUGAAGUUUGGCCGGAGCCUGAGAAGUUCAUCCCAGACAGGUUUGCCGAAGAAAACAGUGAAAGUCGCCUGAAUGGGAUUUAUAUGCCUUUCGGAAUGGGGCCCAGAGUGUGCGUAGGCCAGAAGUUAGGAUUCCUGGCGGUGAAAUCAGCGCUCGUUAAAGUUCUUCGAGAUUUUAGGCUAACCUUGUGCGACGAGGCCGCUGGGCCACCAACGUUAUCGGUUCCUAGCGUAAUACUCAUACCUGGAGGAGGAGUGAGGGUCAGGCUGGAGCCCAGGACACCGAUAGCUUCGAGUGAGCGGUGCAAGAUCGGCAAUGGUGUGUUCGUGGCAGCUUAGGUUUGUGAGAGUAAAUAAGCAAUUCAGGAAGUGAACCAGCCUAUGUAUCAUGCAUUCUUGCACAUUUACUUGUAUCACACUCGCAAAAGCGCAAAUAUGAGUGAAAGAGAAAGGCAUAUAGACGCGCACCUAAGUGAUGUCUUCUUGCCUUUCACUUAUGCCUUUACGUUUCUGAUGCGAAGAAUUCUUUGCAAACUUGAA